AUGGCGUUCAUGACUGCCUCAGCUGGCGCAUUGCUCCUGCAUUCUCGAGACAUGGUGUAUGCACAUGACGACAGUCAUCAGCUUGUUGAUUUUCUGGAAGCGUACAGCUUCGGUCGCCGAACAAUUCUCAAGCUUGAGGAGAAGAAGGAUCUGGUGGAGGCCGUUCACACUUUUUUCCGAGAGGAGCACGAGUUGUUCAUGUUGCAUUUGAUCUUUCAUGGACAUUCCCAUCAUGGUGCGUGGCUCGACUCCGCCGGCAAUUCUUUCUGUUUGAGUGAUGUUCUCAGGUUGUGGCAUUUGACCACAAAUUCGAGAGAUGCAAAGAAGUGUCUCUUGAUCAUCCUUGACAGUUGCCAUAGUGGAUACUGGGUGCAUGAGCUGGCCGAGAAUCAUCGUUGUCUAGGAAACGUGUGCAUUCAAGCGGCCGCCGGGAAGUUCCGGACUACCGCUGAUGAUUUGCACAGCUUUACUUUUCUGUGGGUGUUUCUACAUUUGCCGGAGGAAUACUGUAGUGAGGAAGGCCUGGACGGCUCUUUAGCGCGUCAACCUUACCUGGAAGAAUGUCAGCCCUGCUACAUCAGAGGCCAGUGUUGCCAAACAGUGUGCUUGAAUGGAAGGGAGAUCCAGUUCUUGGGUGAGGAGGUGACCUGCUCCAACCACCAAAGCAAUCUCUGUGACCUCCUGGUGCCGCUGACGGGGGAAGUUGACGACCUGUUUGCGCUGAAAGAUUGCAAGCUUUAUUUUCAGCAGAUUCAAAUAGACAUAUGGGAGCACAGAGGUUCCAAGCAAGAUAUUAUCGACCGACAGAACAGGAAGCUUGCAAAAAUUGGUUCGCAAGCGAAAGGAAAAGCUUUUGUUCCUGCUCUUGAGGAACUGACCGCGAUGCUCAACAUUUCUGAUCUGGAUCCCCUUCUAAGUGGGUGUCUUGCGCAAGAGCUACCUGCGGCUGUGCUUGCACCCCAGUUUGACAAGCUCAACGACUACAAGCUGUCACGAUCGUACGAAAGGAGGAAGGCACACCUUCGCCAGAAUAUGUUCCAAGAGCUGGAGCUGCUGGAAGAGCCUGAUCAUUUCCACAUACUGGAAUUGUUGAGGUGCUGUUGGAAGUGCCAGCUUUCUUUGUGUUACCUGUGUGACACCGAAGACAGGAAGCUCGGGUAUCGUGAAUGCUUGAAGCAGCUUCAAGAGAUGUUGAACCUGACGUCACAUCAUGUAGGAGCAGUCGCAAGACUGGAAGUGCUGGAUGCACUAGCGUUGUACAUUGAGACCAUGCUGAACUCGGAUGAACUGAUCGAUCUGGAAAAGCUAGCGGGGGAAGACCUCCAGACUGCCCGUGCGCGAAUGCAUCGGGAGCUUGCCGGGAUCUAUGACCAGCUUGAAGUAGGUAUGCGUGAUGUGCAGUUUCAAUACAAGCUCUGUGAAUAUGGAACUAAGUCGUUGCAACACCGAGCUGCUUGUUGUGAAGCAUCAGAAUUUCACGAAAUCGAGAAGAGCUUCAACACAUUGCUUCGCGACGUUGAAGACUUGCUAUCUUGUCACCAACCCGAAGACGGAUGGCAAGCUGGCGUCACCGUGCGCAUUGGCUUAGUUGAAGUCUAUGCCACAUGGAAAGGUAAUCCUGAGUAUGCAAAGAAACACACUCAGGAGAAAAGCAAACUUCUGCAAGAUUGGCACUCACGGCCAGAUGUCUGGAGUAAACGCAAGAUGCCGUUCUGGCUUGAGAGCUUUACGUCCUUAACGCUAACAGAGCGGCGUGAGUGGCAAGCCAAAGCCGGCGGCUGA